AUGGAAAUAUCACCAGCAAGUUUAACGCCGCGACCAAGAUCAAGGUCAAGGACCAGAAAUUCGACAGCCAAUUCAAGGUCAACUUCGGCGACAAGAAGGCCAAGCUUGUCUGGGACGAGAAAGUCCUUGUCUAGCUCUUCUUUGAACAAAUUGACCAUUACAUCAACCCAAAUUGAUGAUGAACGUUCAGUACCAUCAGUACAAGCAGUCUUGGAUAAUUCAUUACCAGCAGAUUUCUUCAAACAAGAUAUAAUAGCAUUGACUAAGGCUUUGAAAAUUCACAAAUGGCACAAGAAGAGCUUGAAUAUGCAUAAGCUAAAAAUAACGAGAAUCUCGGGAGCACUAACCAAUUCAAUCUACAAGAUUGACUAUGUGGAUGAAGAACAAGAUAUCCACUUACCUUCUUUGUUGUUGAGGGUAUAUGGUAAGAAUGUUGAUGAGUUGAUCGACAGAGAUAGUGAAUUAAUGACAUUAAUCAAGCUAUCACAGAAACGUAUUGGUCCUAGAUUAUUGGGUAUUUUCACAAAUGGACGAUUUGAGCAAUUCUUGGAAGGAUUUGUCACAUUAACAAAAGAUCAGAUUAGAGAUCAAGUUAUAUCACAAAUGAUUGGAAGGAGAAUGAAGGAUUUGCAUUACAAGGUUGACUUGACGGAAGAGGAGUCACAAACGCCAGUUCCCACAUGCUGGAGAUUGAUUGAAAAAUGGCUAAAGAUUUUCGAAAAUGAGUACAAACCGGGGUAUGAAAAAGCCGGCAUUGACCUCAAGGAUAUCUUUAUGAUGGACUUUGAUGAAUUUAAGAAGUUGGUAUUUAGAUAUAAACAUUGGCUUUUUGACAAGUAUAAAAAGGAAGGGUUUUCGUUGAAUUAUAAAUUCUGCCACAACGACACCCAGUAUGGAAAUUUGCUUCUCCAUAACUCGUUUGAACCAGAGGAGAUUAUCAUUGAUACGCCACUUGGCUCGAGUGCAAAUUUACCUGAAAUUGCCAUUAAAUCUACCUCAAACAAAAAGGAUUCCAAUUUGGUGGUUAUAGAUUUCGAAUACUCAGGACCUAAUUUCCCGGCAUAUGACAUUGUCAACCAUUUCAGUGAGUGGAUGUCUAACUACCAUGAUGCAGAGAGGUCAUAUUUUGUCAACAACAAAAUGUUCCCCACUCAAUUGGAGCAGUUAAAUUUCAUUAAAGCUUAUAUUGAGUAUGAUUUUCAAUUACCAUCGUCCAAUUUGAAAUCAGCGAAAUCAGAUCAAGAGUUGUUGAACAAUUCGGAUAAACAAGCAGUCAGUAUUAUCCAGUAUGAAAUUGAAAAAAUGUACAAUGAAUGUGUCUACUGGCGCUCAUCGGUGCAAAUUUUUUGGGCUCUUUGGGGGUUGAUUCAAAAUGGACCCAUUGAACCUAAACCAAAGUUGAAUAGAAACGAAAGUGAACAGGGUGUUGGAAGCACAUAUAAUAUCACCGUUGAAAUGGAGAAGUUUGGACUUCAAGAUUUAGAGAUUACCACUGGUGAUGCAAUUACUUCAAGUGAUGAUGAUUUUGAUUAUUUAAAGUAUAGCAACCAAAAGCUAGCAAUUGUUGUGGGCGAUGCCAUGCAGUUCAACUUACUCGAUAAAGAUCAAGUGGACUCCAAGUAUCACGCAGAUAUCAAGUACUUGAGUUUCAAAACUUAUGACUUGUAA